AUGGCAGUAAUCUUUAUUAAAAGUUUUUCUAUCCUCAAAAUUAUAGCAUUUUUCAUUUUUGCAUCGUUCUUAAUUUGGACUUUUGUUCCAAAUGAACAAAAAAAAAGUUUAGUACCAGGUUUUGAAGAAGCUAAUGAGAAAUCUGAAAAUACUCCUCAGUCAAGUAAAGCUUCUGGGAAAUUACCAUCAAAGCAAAAAAAGCCUGCAACUUCUUCGCAUCAAUUACAUUCUUCACAUUGCACUGUAGCACAUCCUGGACAUUCACUCAUUCAGUAUGCAUUAAUGAUUGAUGCGGGUUCUACAGGUUCUCGUAUUCAUGUUUACAGAUUUAAUUAUUGUAAAUCAUCACCAGAAUUAGAGGAUGAAGUAUUUGCUCACAUUGAACCUGGUCUUUCUGCAUAUGCUGAUGAUUCUGAUGCAGCAGCGAGAAGUUUAGAUGAAUUGUUAAAAGUUGCACUUGAAAAUGUUCCCAAAGAAUUGCAUAAUUGUACACCAGUGGCAGUCAAGGCUACUGCUGGUUUACGAUUAUUAGGAACCAAAAAAAGUGAGCAUAUAUUAGAAGCUGUUAGAAAUCAUUUAGAAAACAAAUACCCUUUUCAAAUAAUUGAAAAUGAUGGUGUGGUAAUUAUGGAUGGCAAAGAUGAAGGUGUUUAUGCAUGGAUUACAGUUAAUUAUUUAUUGAAUAAAGUUGGCGCAAAAAAUAAAUCACCCACAGCUGCAAUUUUUGACCUUGGAGGUGGCUCAACUCAAAUAGUUUUUGAACCUGGAUCACUAGAUGGUUAUGAGGUUGCACCUGGAGAACAUAGAUAUGAAUUAGAAUAUGGUGGACAUAAAUAUAUUUUAUAUCAACAUUCUUAUUUACAUUUUGGAUUAAUGGAGGCAAAAAAAGCAAUUAUAAGUUUCAUGGUAAAAUUAUGGAAUAAUAGUAUUGAUGGUAUCAAGAAUGAUUUGAUUUCUGAUAUAUCUCUUAGUUAUGAUGGAAAUCUUAAAGAUGAAUUUUAUAUUCCACAUACUUGCUUACCAAAAAAUUAUUCAGAAUCAUGGCAAAUUGAUAUUGAUAAUGAUGAUGACAAUUCAGUUAAACUCAUUGGUACAGGUGGUGGACAUGUUCAGUGUAGGUUCAUAGUAGAACAAAUACUCAACAAACAUAAAGAAUGUCCAUUAUUCCCAUGUGCCUUUGAUGGUGUAUAUCAGCCAUCUCUUACUGAUACAUUUUCAACACAUGAUAUUUAUGCUUUUUCAUAUUUUUAUGAUCGUGUAAGCCCAUUAGGAAUGCCAUCAGAAUUUACAUUAAAAGAACUUCGUGAUCUUACUGAUCAAGUUUGUUCAGGAAAUUAUAAAAGAUUCUCUUAUUUACCAGAAGCUGUAAAGGAACUUAAAAAGAAUCCAUAUUAUUGCAUGAACUUAUCAUUUAUUUAUGAACUUUUACAUACUGGUUAUGAAAUACCUCUGGAAAGAGAAAUAAAAAUUGAAACUGGAUGGUGUCUUGGAGCAUCAAUAGCAAUGCUAGAUCAAAGCUUUUGGUGUAAAGAGUUCUAA